AUGCCAGAUUCGGAGUCACUGAUUAUAGCUAGGCAAAUUAUUUCAUUUUGUACUGAAGGAGAUAUCGGAGCCCUAAGAAACCAUGUUGACUAUUUGCGAUGUAGGGGAGAAGAAAUAAUCGAUCUCGUGAACACCGCUACUAGUUCUGGCCAAACUGCUUUAAUCGCAGCCUGUCGAAAUGGCAAAUAUGACAUCGUGCAGUAUCUCAUUGAUGAAUGUGAGGCGAAUGUAGAACUUGUUGGAACGGUCCACUUUGACGGAGAGGCUGUGGAAGGCGUGACGCCGCUGUGGUGUGCAGCAGCAGCCAAUUACUUGAACAUCGUCCGAUUUCUCGUCAAACGCGGGGCAAAUGUGAACGCAACCACUGCUACAAAUUCCACUGCUCUUCGGGCUGCCUGUUUUGAUGGACAUGAAGAGAUUGUGCGAUUCUUGGUCAAACAGGGUGCAGAUGUGGAGACUCCCAACAGACAUGAGCACACUUGCCUCAUGAUCGCUUGUUUCCGCGGACACGACAAUAUUGUCAAGUUUCUUCUCACUCAGGGUGCUCGUGUGAACCGUCGAUCUGCCAAAGGCAAUACGGCGCUACACGACUGUUCGGAGAGCGGAAAUCUGCGUUGUCUCAUUCUUCUCCUCAAACAUGGUGCAAUUAUGCGUGAGGAUGAGUUUGGCCAAACACCCGUCUUAUCUGGAGCAAACUCUGCCUACAGAAAGAUUGUAGACUACCUCUGCGAUAUGCGAACCUCAAGUGGAGAAUUCGCAAUCCCAAUUGAAGAGCAAGCUGCAGCUCACGAACUUCUCGGCGCAUCUUUCCACGAUAGACAAUCAAGAGUUCGGGAUGCGGUGGCCUCCUGGCAAUAUGCAAUGAAUCUGCGUCAAAGGCAUUUCGGCUACACGAAACGCCUGCCUCCUGUUAGAAAAGGUGCUUUAAAUCACUACGCCUGGAGUCUUAUUAAACCUAUUGCCCAAAAUGCCGUUACUAAGGAGAUUGUUCGCAUGAAAAAGUCUAGAGAACGUCGCAAUGCUAUUCUUGGUGUAAUCGAUAAGAAUUGCCUUCAAAAACCGCCAGCUCCUCUUCCAUCUUCGAUUUCAGAUGAUUCCAUUUGGUCCAGAAAAUUUCAAUUGAUGGAACAGCAUUUAGCUGAACAAUAUGAGCGUUUGCUGAAUAAUACUCUUAAAACGGAGGAUUUCCGAUAUUCUAGUAGGAAACAGAGCGACUCUAAGUCUAUGAAUCUGAAAGUUAGUUAUGCGGCAGACGCCAUUUUUGGGAUUGAACCCGAAUAUCUUCGAAACUCUUCUCGUCACAUCAGACGACCAUUUGAAGGUCUUUCAGACGACGUUCCUGCACAUGAAAUGCCCCCACCUGUCUCCCAUGACGAGUACAUCCAACAAUAUUUUUCAGCUCCUGAAAAUCAGGCGAACCGAUGGAUGGCUGAUCCCAAUGAUUUCUUCGAUGCAGUUGAAACAGAAUUCCGGUCUGAGGAGGAGUCAGAACGUGGAUCCCCCCUCACAUCAGAGGAGAGAGAUGAGGCGUCGGAAUUGAUCCGGCGAAUUCAACGCUACAGUUAUGCAACAUUUGGAAAUGUGCGGGAAUUCGCUGAUGCCAGUGAACUCAAGGCCGUGCAACGAGAUAACUUUGUUCUCCAACUUCAACCUCUCCUUAUCAGACUACGCAUUCUUGGACCCGAUCAUCCUGACACCAUAUACUUCCUUCGCUACCGCGGUGCAACGUACGCGGACGCAGUUGCAAUCACUCAGUGCCUUGCCUUCUGGCACUACGCAGUCGAACUUCAAAGGUCUUUCCUUGAACCCCUCUCCUACGUCUCACAAUCGUCUUUCCUUGCCCUCGUAGAACUUUACAAUCUCAUCCUCACAAAUCGUUAUAUGGGUCUUCGCGCUAUUAGUUUCCAUCCCUCUCUCCUAAUUGAUUCUCUCCAGCUUGUUGUUGACAACAUUGAAAGAGGGAUGGAAUUCUCCUACGCCUUCUGGAAUGGUCGGACACCUUGGGCGUACACAAGUGCAGACAAGGAAGCGACAAAUCUUCAUCGCCACGUCACACACUGUCUUCACUUUAUAGCCCUUCUCUCCUACUACUUCUGUUCACCUUCAUCUCGACCUCCUCCACUGCACCGUCAUCGAUUGGCUUCUCUACGACGUUUGAGCAACCUUGAUUCAAAUGUCGAGGCUGGACAACACUUGCAACAGUCUCCCAAUCCCAUAUUCUCUGGUGUCUUUCCCCUACUGAAUACAGCCUCAGGCACAGCUGCCGACUUGGGGUUUACAGCUGUUCCCAACUCGAAUGAGGAGUCGCAGACAUCUUUCGCCUGGAGCAUGUACAUCCCCUCGGAGACUGAGCAUGCUCAGUUGCGCAGUAAAAUGACUCCUGAGUUAUUCAGGCAGUUCUGUUUUCAGGUAAAUCGUUUGAUUCGCCUUGAUCCGCGUGUUCAUGAGGGCGCAAGCCUAAUGCAUCUAGCCGCAACAACAUCUCGCCUCACUCGCUUCGAGCUCUUUCCCCUUCCCCACGCUGACCUACUUCGACUACUCGCAGCCCUGGGAGCAGACCCCAACUCUGUGGAUGCCAAUGGUUAUCGUCCACUGGGCCGUAUUCUCACAGCCACCCACGUUGUCUCCGACACUCAAAGGGCUAGUCUCAUCUCCACUCUUGUUCUCGACUGUGGCGCGCAUUUUGAUGCCUCUGUUAUGCCGCUUUCAUCGUCAGAGUCGGAAGAGGAAGAAGUAGGGAAUGAUGAUGAAGAUAAUGUCACUAUCUCGGUUGGAACACUCUACAACAGUGAGGUAGAAGGCGAGUUGAGUAUUCGACCUCUUUUUGAGUCUUCAAGGAUUGACGAUGAGGCGUUGAGAAUGUACAAAGAGAGGAAUACUUGGCCUUGGUCAAAUGUGUGUAGACGUAUACUCUCUCUUACAUCGUUGAAGCCCCUUCAACAUGUCAAUUUGGCAUGUCUCGCUGCUCGGGCAAUCCCGCCUUCACUACACACUCGUGUGCCUCCUCAUUUGGAGGAUUUCGUGCGAAUGCACCACCCUCAACCCACAAAGUCCUUCCACCGGCACAUUGGUUCUCAUGAAUGGGCAUCAGAUGAUUAA